GUCCAUUUUACACGCUUUGGAAAAACACAAAUCCAGUUCCUUAUGGAUAUUUAUUCUUCCAAACUUUCUCCCGCAGUGGAUUAUGGAGUCGGGGCCUUUCUGUUGCUAAUAGCAAUUUUAUCCAUUGUGGGGAAUCUCCUGGUCCUUUUUAUGGCAUACAAAAGAUCUUCUCAGAUGAAGCCCGCAGAGCUCCUCAGUGUGAACCUGGCAAUAACAGAUCUUGGUGCAGCAGUCUCAAUGUACCCUCUUGCUGUAGCAUCACUGUGGAAUCAUUCCUGGUUAGGGGGUGAUGUCACCUGUAUCUACUAUGGCUGGAUGGGGUUCUUUUUUGGUGUAGCCAGCGUGGCAACCCUGACAGUCAUGGCUGUAGUGCGCUUCACUGCAUCCAUGACUCUACAUUCUCACACGGAGAAAAUUAGUAAAAGGACGGUGCAGGUGAUGUUGGUUGGCACAUGGCUGUAUGCUCUCUUAUGGGCUGUGUUUCCUCUGAUUGGUUGGGGCGCAUAUGGCCCUGAGCCCUUCGGCCUGUCCUGCACUCUGGCCUGGGCAGAAAUGAAGGAGCACAGCCCAUCCUUUGUCAUCAGCAUGUUUGCCAUGAACCUGGCCAUCCCAGCCAUCAUCAUCAUUUGCUGCUACUUUGGCAUCAUCUAUCGACUCAAUUUCUUCUACAAGUCUCAAGAAAAUGCCAAGAUCAUCCAGAACAAAGUUAAGAUGCAGCGCCGUCUCAUGUUGGUUGCUGUUCUGAUCAGCGCUGGGUUCAUUGGCUGUUGGACACCCUAUGGGAUAGUGAGUUUAUGGUCAAUCUACUCAACUUCCUCCAUCACUCCUCAUGUCAGUGUGUUGCCCUGCCUCUUUGCCAAGACUUCCACUGUGUACAACCCACUAAUCUAUUAUGCCUUCAGCAAGUCUUUUCAACAGGAGGUGAUGCAGCUUCUCCAUGCAUGCAUUAGAUCCCAGGCAUGUCGUGGCUCUCAGCCAAGUAACCUCACAGAGAAUACAGUCUACAUGGUGUGUGAAGGAACCACAAUCAAAAAAGACCUGCAUAAGGAGCACUUCAAAAGCACAGAGACCGAUGCUAAUACACAAUUCAUACCUUUGGAUUAUAAAUAACUCUG